UCUUCCACGCUGUUCGGGUGACGGUUUUAGUGGUUCCAAAUCUUGGUAUCUGGGUUUGGUUGUCUUAAAUUGCGGAAAGCGAAAAACCAGGCCUUGUUCGAACCUGUAUUAGCAUAUAUUUGUGCCAACCCUGUUGCAAGAGGACAGCUCUGAAUUCGUCGAGUAAAACUAUAAGAAGGUGCUUCCACGUGUGUUUGGAGUGACGGCUGGUGCUCGGGAUUGAUUUGGCUGAAAUUAUGGAAGCCGAAAGCGCCGAAUAUGUAGGGAGGAAAACCAAACCUACGAAGAUGAAGGACAGUGCUGACCCGGUGAAAAACUUCGAGAAGUGGAAGAAAAAAUACAAUAAGAGGAAAGCACGAGUAAAUCGAGAGAAAGUGGAAAAGAAACCCCAGUGGCAGGUCGAACGGGAUUACAUCCACAGACUUGAAAGCAGGUACGGACAGAUCAACACCAAAGACGUUGUCAGGUUUUCAGAUUUUCCCAUUUCAAAGAAAACCCUGCUAGGGCUGCAGGAAGCUCAGUAUAGACAGCCCACAGAGAUCCAGAGACAGACCAUCGGCUUCGCUUUACAAGGUAAAGAUGUCCUCGGUGCGGCGAAGACUGGUUCCGGGAAGACUUUAGCCUUCAUCAUACCGGUGCUGGAGUGUCUGUACCGACAGCAAUGGAGCUCCAUGGACGGACUCGGUGCGCUCAUAAUUUCCCCCACCAGAGAACUGGCCUACCAGACCUUCGAAGUUCUGCGUAAGGUGGGCAAGAACCACGAGUUUUCAGCGGGGCUCAUCAUCGGGGGGAAAGAGCUUAAGAGCGAGUCGGAGAGAAUCCACCGCACCAACAUCGUUAUCUGCACCCCGGGCCGACUACUGCAGCACAUGGACGAGACGGCCACCUUUCACGCAUCCGACCUCCACAUGCUGGUCCUGGACGAGGCAGACCGCAUCCUGGACAUGGGCUUCGCCGAUACAUUAAACGCCAUAUUGGAGAACCUUCCUAGGUCCCGACAGACGCUGCUGUUCUCCGCCACACAGACUAAGUCAGUCAAAGACUUGGCCCGGCUAAGUCUGAAAGACCCAGAGUAUGUGUGGGUACACGAGAAAUCAAAGUUCAGCACGCCGGCCACCCUGGAGCAGAGCUAUGUGGUGUGUGAGCUCCACCAUAAGGUUAACAUGCUAUAUUCUUUCAUUAAGAGUCACUUGAAGAGGAAGAUCAUUGUUUUCUUUGCUUGCUGCAAGGAAGUACAAUACCUGUUCCGAGUUUUCUGUCGCCUAAGACCUGGCAUGCCCAUCCUGGCUUUGCAUGGCAAGCAACAGCAGAUGAAGAGGGUGGAGGUCUACAAUGACUUCAUCAGAAAGCAGAAUGCUGUUCUCUUUGCCACUGAUAUAGCUGCCAGAGGCCUGGACUUUCCCGCAGUCAACUGGGUGCUGCAGUUCGACUGUCCGGAGAAUGCAGACACCUACAUCCACAGGGUGGGCAGGACUGCGAGGUACAAGCAGGGGGGAGAGGCCCUGUUACUUCUGCUCCCCUCAGAGGAGAGGGGCAUGGUCGGCCAAUUGCAGGAAAAGAGGGUUCCCAUCAGUAAGAUCCAGGUGAACCCAGAAAAACUGCAGACUGUCCAGCCGAAGCUUGUCGCCUUCCUGGCUCAGGAGAAAGAGCAGAAGGAGAGAGCACAGAGAUGUUUUGUUUCCUACUUGCGCUCUGUCUACCUGAUGAAGAACAAAGAGGUGUUUGAUGUUUUAAAACUCCAAAUUCAAGACUUUGCUGUUUCUCUGGGCCUUGCUGUGGCUCCAAAGGUGCGCUUCUUAAAUAAAGUUCAGGUGCAGACAGCUGAGGGAGAUGAACAGAAAGAGGAAGAGCAGUCUGAAGAUGAUGAGCUGAGGAGUUUUAAGGCUGAGCUGAGAGGAAACAUUCCUCAUGGGGAAGGUCAAAACUGUCAGUCAGAAGAUGAGGAUGGGGAAAGUGGUGAUGAACAAAUUGCGAAUCAGCCGAAGACAAGACUUCUGGGUGACGAUGAUGACGAUGAUGACCUAAGAGACUUGGACCUACUUAAAGUCAAAACAAAGAAUGUCUUCAGUCUUACAAAGGAGCAGGAAAAUGAGGGGGAACUCUCCAAGAGCUCCAAAAAAGAAUUUGGAAAAGAAACAAAGUUCAAAGAUGCCAAAAAGGUCCUUAAGAGAAACUUCCAUGUCAACACCAAAGUGACCUUUAAUGAAGAAGGAGAUGCUGUGCAGCUGUGGCCACCUGUCCAACGGGCAGUGACUGAUGAGGAUGAGGAAGAGGUUUCUGGUAUCAAUGUGGAGAAGGCCAAGGAAAGGCUGAAACAUGAAGACCAGGUGUUUGACAAGCGGGAGUACAGCUGCAAAGUGAAAGCUAAACACAGAGAGAAGAGGCUGAAGGCCAAGGCAGCUAGGAGGGAGGCCAGCAGGCAGCAUGGACAGCAGUCUGAAGAAGAGUUUGAGGAAGAGGUGGUAGCGUACCUGGCCAAGCACGGCGAAGAUGAGUUUGACCCCAGCGCUCUUCCAGACCCUGACAAUUUGCGAUCUUUGGAGGAGGAAAAGAAGGGCCAAAAGGAUCAAAGAAGAUCAGAAAAAAGGCAACAAAGCAGUGAAAGCAGUGACGAUGAGCUUAUAGCAGGGAAGAGGAAGAAAGUAAGACAGCUAAAUGACGAACACAUACCUCUGGACACUGGUCUCUCUCUGGCCGAAGAUGAGGAGUUAGUCUUGCAUCUGCUAGGGGGAAUGAGAUAAAGAAAAUGGGAUAAGGGGUUUAAGGAGAGUGUUGAUGAACUAAUCAGUUAAAUAAAAGAAGUAAAGAGUCAAAAGAGAAAAUGUCCAAACAAAAGUGCCAUUUGUAACUAGUUUUUGAGUCUGUGGUGGUGUGUUUAUAGGAAAAAGUGACAACUAUCAAGAACUACUUGUGUUUUGAUUCUGCACUUGUGUAUAUUUGGAGGUCUCUCACAAGGUAUCUGUCUGUACAUCGGCAACAAAGUCCAAUGCAUCUAUUUUUGUUGAGAUUCACAUUGGAAAAACUCGGCCAAUGUGCCUAAUUUGGACUGUUGUGUGAUUUGAUUAGAUUUGAUUGACAAUAACCCCACAACCCACAAGCUGUCAUAAAAUUAUGAUUCAUGUUAUGUAAUAUCUGGCUCAUACAGUACAUGUUCAUAUUUUUAAACAACUCUCUGAAAUAAUCGCAAUGAUUGUAUCGUUGGUAGAAGUUAAUUUGUUCACUUGUUAUGCAGUACAAAUAAAAUUCGUUUUCAGGGUUACUUUCCCCAUAGCUAUUAAAUGUCCCCAUCUGUCACAUUUAUAAUGCAGGCUUUUUGUAAUAAAUUUGCAGUACAUUGAGCUGAGCCGUCAUCAAGAGGGUUUUUAAAUCAGAGGUGUUGGGAUAAUUCACCCAGAAAAGAAAAUUCACUCAUUAUACUAACUACAAUGCUGAUGGAGGGGCGGGUGAAGUGUUUGGGCCCACAAAACCCUUAAUGAGUCAGGGGAAAACAGUGUUGCAGCAGAAUCCAAUACAAUGGAAGUAACUAGUGACCACAGCUUAAGAUGUAAUAAAACAACCGAAAAAACCUAACAUGCCUCCAUACUGCUUGUGUGGUCUCAUCCAAGUGUCUGCAAGCCCCGACAGUCAUAUAUGACUCGAAACGCGGUCAUUUACACCGUGUUUUAAGCCUAAAAGUCCACCAAGUGGCUAAGCUAGUGUACGUUAGUAUUUGACGGUCCCUGAAUGCACCAUCAGAAGAUGAUAUAGGGAUUUAGGCCUAAAACACAUUGUAAAUGACCUUGGUUCAAGUAAAAUAUGAAUGGCGGGGCUUGCGGACACUUGGAUGACACCACAGGAGCAGUAUUGAGGCAUGUUAGGUUUUUUCUGUUUUAUUACGUCUGAAGCUGUGGUCACUAGUUGCUUCAAUUGUAUUGGAAUGGUUGCAAUUCUGUUUAGCCCUGAAACGCCAUGAGGUUGACUCAAACACAUCACCCGCCCCCUUCAUCCGCAUAGCUGUGAGUAGAUAAUCAGUAAAUUCUCAGUUUUGGUUGAGUUAUCCAUUUAAGAAGCUCAGUCAUAAACUUGUGUCAAUCUGCUUUAUAUAUUAGUUAAUCCAUGGUGAACAGCCUGGCUGCAUCCAUCUUUUAGAUUUUUCUCCAAAAGUACACUGACAGACACGACCAAAACAUGCCUAGAGUCACGUGUGCACCCUUGAACAAUCACAGUUUGGAGUGGUUCUGUCUUUGUAAAGUUACAGAAACUAUGAGAUCCAGUCCAACUCUUCAGACAUUGGUUUUAUCCAUUUCACAUUGUUUUCAACAUACCUUUUAAACAUUUAUUCUGCUAACUGGCAUUAAUGCAAAGGAGAAGCAGUUAUAACAAUAAUCAAUGAGUUAUAGAUAUAUCAGCAUGAUUUGACUAACUGUAUUGCAUUUACAAAGCACAUUUAACGUGUUAAAUUGUACUAUCCUAUUUGUCCUUAAUAUUUUACCUUUUUAUGUGAUGACCGUUGAGUUAAUAAUUUUAAAUGGCACUUGCUAUCCUUUACUCCUCAAUUUUAAAUGCUGUUAUUGAUGUUUGAGUCAGCUUUGUAAUCCAUUUAUUUCUUAAUGAUUGUAAAACCUUAAACCUAGAAGAAACCUUACAAUGUGCUGUCUUCAGAACAGUCUUGCUCAUGCACUUGUACCUGAUUUUACAAUAAAGCUGUCCUUUUGCAACAAAA